CAGGCUGCGAGGUCCGGUUUCAGAAUGCGCUGCGGUGAUGGACGUCGGUCGAGCCUUCCAAUCAGCGCGCUUUCGUUCAGCCUUCCGACAUGAUCUCGCCUCAUCAUCUUGGCCCAGCUUGCAAGUAUAUAAACACGAGUCUUCUCAAUCCACACCUGCGUGCGGUUUCACCUUCCUCUCACAUUCUCGGAGUGAUGGACCCAGAGCGGACGCCACCUCCAUUGAGCCCGGGCUCACAGCUUCUAUUCUCUCUUUUCACGACCCUGAAUGAGGAUGAGUGUGUACGCGUUUUUGCCGAAGCAGAACCCAGCGCCUUUGCUCUCCAAUCUGGCAAUGGUCAUGACGCCCUCGAUUCUCGCUUUUAUGAUGCUAUUUCGGAACAUUCACUCCCAGGAAACGCCGCUCGUUCGCCUGUCCCGCCGUCCCAGCCGGAGUCGCAUGAAUUGUUCGGGGAGCAACCGGCCCUUCGUGCCGCCCCAUCGCCGACCACUGCCCAGGGACCGCUGGCUCGCAGACGGCAGAAGUCCAAGCAGCAAAGGGCUAUUCCAUAUGGAGAGAUAUGCUUUAGUCUCUCCGGAGAGCCAAUCAAACCACCGCGGCGAUCUGCGUUUACAGCAGAGAGGCGCAAGGAGGUGAACGAUGUCCGGAAGCGAAAGGCUUGCCUGAGAUGUCGUCUGCUUCGGCGAUCUUGCUCCGGAGACGACCCUUGCCGACGCUGCCUAGAGGAUGCACAGGGCGCGGCAGGUUCGCGAGUGUUGAUGUGGAUGGAGUGUGUCCGCCCAUCCUUGAGAGACAUGAGUACCUUUGAUACAGUGACCUGCAAGCGAAGUCACGCAGACCUUUUAGUGAUCUCCGAUGCCCUCUUAUCCUUGGAGACUUGGAACACCACGCUCCCGUUUCACCCGGACCCCGGAUCUGCCUCCCGGUAUUUUGCCACUUGGUUGGCCGAGGGAACAAAUCAUUCGAGCUUCUACAUUCCGCGCUUCUUACGCUCCGAGCAAUUGUUUCGACUCGUCGAGCAAACUCUUGCACCCGGCUUGACCCGUAGACUUCAACUCCUCUUGUACCUCACCAAGAAGAUCCAUUACUGGGGUCCGGGAGCUAAGCAUAAAGGCUUUGAUGCCGAUGAGCUGCUCUUCAUCCGGCAUGAACUGGGCAACGUCAUGCUCAAAGAGGUCGAGGCCAUACUCAGACCAGCUCAGCUCCAGGAAUCGGGACUUGACAAAUUACACGCGCUGUUUCUGGUUCUCUUUGGGCUCUCAUGGGCGGUCAGAUACAUCUUCAUUGACAAGAUUCUGAAUGGGGAAGUCGUCCAGGAAGGAUUAACGAGAAAUGCGGAAGCUUUAAUCCGCUUACUCACGCAUUAUCUCGCGUAUAUUGGUUCGGUGACUGGCCUCAUCAACUCUGCUUCUGUCGACUCCAUACUAAAGCACUGCGAUUUCUCCUCAGUUCGGCGAAGUACCAAAGUCCGCGAGGUAACCCCCGAUAAAAAGAUCAAUGGCGAUGAGCCAGAGAUACAUUUCCAAGGCAUACAGGAGACCCCAGUGCCUCCCCAUGUUUGGUGUGUCCUCUGUGGUGCAUCUUCCGACUCGCUCAACGCCGAUGGAUACUGCAAGAGCUGCCCCCGACCGUGGCACAAACGCGAGCUCACAUCCAACGAGAUGGGACGAUCGGGGUUCAACGAGCCCACAUGCGAACCUAAGGUUGAUGGCGAUUCGAGGCAGCUAUCGCACUGGACAUUGUACUUUCUUCAGGAGGAGAGUUUUGAGAUUUACAACCCACAAACAUGCCGGUCUUUCGCUUACAAGUACAAGCCGGCCACUCAACUCGCGCGAUCCCCCAAUCCAGCUCUAUGCUCACCCCCGACCACCUCUCGUCGACGUCAUCGGCGCUCCAACCGUUCGAGAUCAGACGAAUCGCCGUGCAGAGCAUGUCAAGGUCCAAUGCCAAGAGACGGCCAGUAGUACGCUCAGAUGUCUGUCUAGCAUAGGAAGUGUGCGUGUACUCCGCGUUUCGCCGGCAGAUUUUGGGUUUAUUUCGGAGGGGCAAGCAGGGUUUCUGUCUCUCUAAUGAUACCACCUUCAACACUUGUUUCAGGGUUAGACAAU